UGUUGAUGUGUUACCGUAGACAGUUGAUUUAAAAAUAACUGCCGUGGAUGUACGUGUCGGCAAUUUAAGAGACGUAACAGGGAAAGUUUGGUGAGACGGUGUUGUGGGGGGCUGGGGGUACGAGUGUCCGAAAAACACAGAGGCAAAUCAAAACAAACCAAAAGAGAAAAGGAAAAGAAAAGAAAAGAAAAGAAAAGAAAAAAAAAGGACUCUUAAGAGAGGUUGUUAUGGUGAAGGAGAGGAGAGGAGUUGUUAAGCGGCGUGUGUUCAAGUGUCGUGCAUGCAUUUUAUGCAUCUGUUGCUUUGCAUGCACUCUCUUCUCUACCUUCUGUUCUCUUCUCUCUCCAUUGCACUGCUAACUGCUAAAAAGCCUUCUCCCCUGAUCUCCUUCAAUGGCCUCAUUUCUCUCUCCCCAUUCCUUCCCCUCUCUCACGCUCUUCUCUAAACCUCUUUUAUUUUAGGGUUUUCUUUUGCUUGAUCUCCACUUCUAUGGCCUCCAACCGCUGCAUGAACACUUCUUGCCCAGCCCCCAGCUCCCAACACUGGACCAAAGGAUGGCCUCUGGGAUCCGCCGGAUUCGCAAAUCUCUGCCAUAACUGCGGAUCCGCUUAUGAAAAUUUAGUCUUCUGUGAUACAUAUCACUCGGAGGAAGCUGGUUGGAGGGAUUGCAGUUUUUGUGGCAAGAGAAUUCACUGUGGGUGUAUAGUUUCUAAGUCUAUGUUUGAAUGUCUGGAUUAUGGAGGUAUUGGGUGCACAAGCUGUGUGAAAAGAUCUCGACUUGGUGUGGAUCAAAACUCGGGGGAGACAAUUGGAUGUGCUAAGAUGAUUGAUGGUCUCUAUUACUUUGAUGAGGUUUCAGUUAGUCAUAAAAUACCUAAGGGCUUGAUAAGUAUCCGGAGAGAUGAAAUCUCUAAUGGCUUUGAUGCAGUGACAGGUGGAAAUGUUGGCCUUUUGCGACCUGCUUCUGUUAAGGAUCAAGUGGUUGGAAAUGGAACUAAUGAGGAAAAGCUUUUACAGUUGUGUAACAUCAUGGAGGCAAAUGAACCUGACCACUUUCAGAAAUCUCAAAGAGUUGACAGAAGUGCAUCUCCUGCACAAAACAGAGGAGAAAAUCUCAGGAACCCAUUUGGGGAAGUUGGAUCGAGCUUUUUUAAUAUGAAUAAAAUACCUGUUAAUUGCCAACCAUCUGUUGGGUCAUUUACGUACUCCAAACUAGAUACUAGCAGACCGCACUUAGAACUAAAAGAUAUGAAAGAACCCUUAACUCAGCCAUCACUAAAUAUAACUUUGGGAGUUCCAUUAGGUACGCCGAACUUUGUGGUACCCUGUUCAGGAAGUGCUGCUCAAGAGGAUGAAAAGAGCAUUCUGCCAUAUCAACAGGGCCAAAGAUCUCGUCCAAUAUUUCCCAAGCUCAUAAAAACUGGGACCACGGUUAAUUCUGAAGCAAGAAAGGGAAUGGCUCCUCUGGUGCGUAUAGCACGACCACCUGCUGAAGGUCGGGGUAAGAACCAACUUCUUCCAAGGUACUGGCCAAGGAUUACGGACCAAGAGCUAGAACAAUUAUCUGGAGAUUUGAACUCUACUAUUGUUCCACUCUUUGAAAAGGUGCUGAGUGCUAGUGAUGCUGGUCGGAUUGGUCGUUUGGUUCUGCCAAAAGCGUGCGCUGAAGCAUACUUCCCCCCCAUCUCUCAAUCAGAAGGUCUUCCUGUUAGGGUUCAAGAUGUGAAGGGGAAUGAAUGGACGUUUCAGUUCAGAUUUUGGCCUAACAAUAACAGCAGAAUGUAUGUUCUGGAGGGCGUUACCCCUUGCAUACAAUCCAUGCAAUUAAGAGCUGGCGAUACUGUCACUUUUAGUCGGAUAGACCCUGGAGGCCAAUUAGUCAUGGGAUUUCGAAAAGCAACGAAUUCUACUGAUGUACAGGAUGCCAAGAUUCCUACACUUUCUAAUGGCUCUCAUCCGGGUGACGCCUCAUUCUCUAGGGUCUUUCAGAAUUUGCCUUCAAGAGCUGGAGGAGAUGCUAGUUUGCACAAAAGUGAAAAUUUUGGGGGGAGGUCAAAUGAUGCUUCAGGACAACAACCAAUGUUAACCAUGGAAAAGAAAGGGGCUCGAAACAUUGGGUCUAAAAGUAAAAGGUUGCUCAUGCAUAGUGAAGAUGCUCUGGAGCUGAGACUCACUUGGGAAGAAGCUCAAGAUCUACUCCGUCCACCACCAAGUGCAAAUCCCACCAUUGUCACUAUUGAUGACCAUGAAUUCGAAGAGUAUGAUGAACCUCCAGUUUUUGGCAAGAGGACUAUAUUCACUGCCCGACCAACUGGGGAACAGAAACAAUGGGCUCAGUGUGAUGAUUGCUCAAAAUGGCGGAGGUUGCCUGUGGACGUUCUUCUCCCUCCAAAGUGGAGUUGUUCAGAUAAUGUUUGGGAUUUGAGCAGAUGUACAUGUUCUGCACCAGAAGAGAUCAGCACAAAGGAACAGGAGAAUCUCCUAAGAGCGAGUAAAGAUUUUAAGAAACGGAAAAUUGGGAAGAGCCAGAAGUCUAUUCAGGAACUCGAGCCUUCUGGUUUGGAUGCACUGGCUAGUGCUGCUGUUCUGGGUGAUAGUAUAGCUGACUUGCAGGAAUCAGGUACAACGACCAGGCAUCCCCGGCACCGACCAGGAUGCACUUGCAUCGUGUGCAUUCAACCUCCAAGUGGGAAGGGAAAGCAUAAAUCUACAUGCACAUGCAAUGUCUGCUUGACUGUAAAACGCCGUUUUAAAACACUUAUGCUACGGAAGAAGAAACGCCAAUCAGAACGUGAAGUGGAACCUUUGCUCCAGGAUAGGAAUCCACAACUCGAUGAAACAGAAAUGAGUGGGACACUGAAGGGUAUGUCUCUGCAAACAAACUAUUCAGAGAAUGAAGGAAGCCAGAGCAGGAUGAAAGAUGAGGAGGCUGCGAGUAGCAGUGGUCAAAUUGACUUGAACUGCCACCCAGACCGUGAGGACAUGGAACUAGAGGGAGCAGGAUUAAGCACAAUUAGCCUUGUCGAGGCUGCUAGCCAACCUGUAGAUAGCUAUUCAAAGCAAAUUGGCGUCUCCAGCGUCACGAGUGAGCAGCAGUCCAGUCAACCAAGUAGCAUGGAAAGUGAGAGACGCCUUUCUGGGGAAGUGUAUCAUGGAUCAGGUCACGAGAGCACAAGUGAUGGACGCAGAGAGCACCAUUGAGAUUUUUUGCUUUGUUUUGUUUUGUUUUUUCAUUUUCUUUUUUUCUUUUUUUGUUUCUUUUUUUGUUUUUUUUUUUUUUUUUUUUUUUUUGCCUUUUCAGUUUCUUUUUUACUCACCUGGUAUAUAAAUAAUAUAAACUGAAACACACGUUCUUAGUUUAUCCAGCCUUGGCUUCUCGCUCUUCGUUUUCCAAAGAGGUCAUUAAUAUAUGACACAGCUUGUGAAGUCUACCAGUGAUAUUAAGGACUUGUUUUUGGAUACUUUCAAUUGCAAAAGUUGUUUGAAAGAGAGACAUGAUCUAUUGUAAGCUACAGCUCCUGAGUGAAUGACAUAAGGCAUCAUUAAAAUUGCAGUUCCUCUUAUUGUAAUUGGAAAGAAAGCAUGGGCUUCACCCUCCUAGGGCCAGAUUAGUUGACCAACUUUUAAAGAAAUGCAGGUUGGUUUUCAAACAUCAGGUAAACGACAGAGACAAGUGGAUUUUGAGAUUUUUUUAGAAGUCCGGCCGAGGAUCUCUUUCUUUCUUGGCCGAGUUUUCUGAGAAGAUUCCUAAGUUCAAGCAUUGUUUAUUUUAUUUUAUUUUAUUUUAUUUAUUAUGAUUCUUUUAAGAAGCUCAAGUAUUGUUUAUUGACCUUGUCCAUCGUUAGCUUUCAUUAUGAGUUAUAACCAAAUGAAGUACCAUUAGUUUCUUUAUUCAUUAUCUUCAUCUAUCGAUAAGAUCGAGAUUAUUGAUAUAUUUUAUGUUGUUGGAGUACAAGAAAAAGGCAAAUACCGGCCAGUUUUUUUGGCUUUAAUCCAAAGAGCCAAUCGUUAUGAUUUAUAAAACAGCCCUUUGAAGUAUUUGGAAUCUAACAUGCCAUGGAUGAUGGUGGGUUUAGAAAGGCAAGACUGGAGCUUGAAGCACUGUACGAGGGGGUGCCAGAUGAUUCGGUUAAUCUCACUUUUCGACAUCUCACCGAUGUGAAUCUUCAACCCAACUCCUCUUUCGAAAAGAGAAGAGCCAACCCAUCAAUUCCAAUCCCAAUCCCGAUCCCAGGGGAUAAUGAGACCACACCAUUAAACAAACUCCCCAGCCUAGACUUCAACAGAGCUCUGCAAGCGGCCAACCAACACUCACGCCCCGAUGCCAAAAUCAGCCUUCAUCCGAGUGCGCAGGUGGGUGGAAGUGGUGGCCCACUGCAUGCCACUGCCGGCGACAUUCAAAGCCAUCCGAAGUCGGAGCAUGAGCAUGUGGGUGGGUUGAGGCCAGCUUUGGAGUACAGUGCGGCUUACGAGGAGGCAAGCCGUAUCAGCGGUAUUGGUUCCAUGUAUGGUCAUCAUAGAGCUACCGCGCGUAGCCGCCGCCCUGGGAUUCCUCACUCCAAUAUCUGCACCAACUGCACCACAUACAUCUAUAUCUUCCGACACCGUUGCCUGGUAUGCAUAAGUCUUGAUUUCAACAAUUUUUACAGAGCAAAGACCAGAAGGCUUCCACUUAAAACACGUUAUAUAUUGGCUAUUGCUAUUUGUAUUUAAUUUGGCAGGUCUGUGGAAGAGUUUACUGUCGUCAAUGCGUAAGAAUAGGGAUGGGGGAAAUGACGGAGGGAAGAAAGUGUAUCGAGUGUUUGGGAAGAAAAUUCAGCCACAGGUAACUCAACCCUCGACCUCGAGUAGCAGUAGUCGUAGUACUGAAGGAAUGUGUGUUAAUUCGGAUAUUUGACAGAUACAUAGGGAAAGCAGGAGAUGUGGGUUGCUUCGGUUGGCGGUACUCAAGUGCGGUGAAGCAGGCAGAGCUCAAGUGGGCGGAGAAAGGGCCUCGCCGAAAAGGGGAGAGAGCCCUGCACAGUAGAGGGUACGGCGGUGGCGUAACCAACUCCAUAAGCAUGACCUCGCCAAGUCAGAGCCCAUGGGCACCCACCACCAGCAGCGUCGAUGUUUCCACUAUUUACAGCUCUCGUUUCGCCGUCAUGUCCUCCUCGUCCCCUCACUCUCCGGCUCAUCGCCAUCAUUUACCCUUUUAGCCUUCACCUUUUUCUUCCUUGUCAUCCUCUUUUUCCUUUCCCAUUUUCUCUCUCAUCUGCCAGUUUCGUCUUCUUCAGCUAAUUUCAUAAUUUCUUAUUAUAUCCUAUUUGUUUUAAUCUCAAA